GUGGCGGUUUGUGAUUCCGGUGGAAUUGAUGGGUUCUCUCGUAUGAUAGUUUUUCUGGCUUGUUCUACAAACAACAAGGCUGCCACUGUGUUAAGGCAUUUUGAGCGUGGUGUUGCUGAAUUUGGUUUGCCCUCACAUGUACGGUCAGACAAAGGAGGUGAAAAUGUUGAUGUCGCAUGGUAUAUGUUGACACAUCCCCAACAUGGACCAAAUAGGGGCAGUCAUAUCACAGGACGCAGCGUUCACAAUCAACGAAUUGAGAGGUUGUGGAGAGAUGUGUUUUACCAUCUUUUUUAUUACAUGGAAGAGUCCGGUAUUUUGGAUGCCUCCAAUGAAUAUCACAUGGCUGCUCUCCAUUUUGUUUAUGAGAAGAGAAUCAACCAAAGUUUGGAAACAUUUAAAGCUGGUUAUAACAGAGCACCUAUGCCAAGUGAAAUGUUGCCAAGGCCUACUGGUAAUUAAGUUCUAAGUAGUGUACAUAAAUUGCAUUUCGCGUAGCUGCUGCAUGGUUGAAGAAACAAACCAAAGUUUACAAUUUUCCCAUGGUUAUUACCUGCCUGUUACAAGGUAGUAAUCAUGGAAAUUUUUUUUGGAAGACAAGAUUUACAACAUAUUCAUGUGGGAUGCAAGAACUAAACAAUUAAACAUAAAAGGGCAAUCACUAAAAAAUUCGAAUUAGAUAAACGUGACAUGAAAAUUUUAUCAUCCUUUUACAACUGUACCCCCUCACCAUAGUAUUAAGGUGGCUCCCUACAGUUUACUAGAAAAUGGAAGAUCUCUGAUUUGGCCCCAAUUUUUCAACAACUCCUAUAUGUUAAAGGACAAAGAAAGUCCGAUUAGAAAAAUAAUAAUAACUACAGAGUUGGAUUCUUUUCAAGAAAAAAAGGAAUCGCAACUGCAGUCGCUAUGGCAACAAUGACACUUCAAUAUGGCCGAUAUUUUGGGUUUAAAGUUAUAUAACUUGAUAAUAUGGUUGGUUACCCCCAUCUUUUAUUGCAUAAAAAGAAUUUAUUUAGUAUUUUGAAUUAUGAUUUUUGUGGGUAGCCCGUUCGCGGGCUACCCAUUAUCAUAUACGAAAAAAAGCGAUGAGCGGUGAUAAGCGCGCGAUGUUUGUCCGCCGAGUUUGUUUAUCUACGAAAGACACUGGGCGCGAGGUCGAUAAGCCGAAGUAAGUAUGACAGUUUGGCGAUCGAAAGUUUGGUAUUUCGUCGGAAACUCAGAAACCAAAACAACUUUGCUGUGGGAAGUGACCUGUGACCAACUCAUUAAAAGUCUCAAAAUAUACUCUAAAUUUUGCGAUAGAUGAGUCGAAGAAGCGGUAAGUUACUAUUUUUUGUUCAUUUUUUUAAUAUUAUUUACAACGCUGUUUUCCUUUUCGCCCUUUUGUUGGCUUUUGAUCUGCUCGAUUGGUGUUGUAAAUCAUAUAUUGUGUUGGGUCACAACAGCGAGGUUUUACACAGGAAAUCCUGUUGUGGCGUUGUUUAUAUUUAGGAUGUAAAUAGAAAGUCAACCAAAUGGCAAAUGUCGGUGUGCUUUGUGGUUUGGUCGAGUAGUAUGAUUUGAAUCUCCAUCAUUAUUUGUUUGAGUGAUUAAUACUUCUAUUUGAAAUGUGGAAUCCAAGAGGCAAGAGUUCAGUAGUUGUUCACAGUGUAAUCUGUCAUAAUGCUAUGGACAGUAAAAUUUUAUGUGGUCCUAACAAAGCCUAAUACAUAAAUUUUAUCUGUUCUUCGUUACCGUAAAUAUUUGAAUAAUAUAUUAGUAAAUUGCACUAGCUCCUUUAAUAACGAAAAUGACAUUUAAAAUUCUUGUGAACUAAACCAUUAAAGGUCAAGGAAUCUAUCACAAAGAUAAAUACUUAUCAUGUAGUAUUUGAGUAUUACCAUAUAUGUACAGAAUAGGGACCCAAAUUUCAAAAUCGUCAUGGGUACCUCUUUUUUGUAUAUGGUAUAAGUAAGAGUUAUAAACAGAGAAUGUGGCAUAUUACAGUACAUUUACCCAAACACAACAAAUUUAACAAUAAGUAAGAGUUGUAAACCUAGAAUGCGGCAUAUAAGAAGUCAUACAUUUACCCCAAACACAACACAUUUAACAAGUACCUGGGAUAUAAGUCAUAUAAAUACCCGAUAACACAGGAUAUCGGAUAUAAGUCAUAUAUUUACCUGAGGGGCUGCAGGGCAAAUAUAUGACUUAUAUCCCAAGUUUGAGGUUUAUAACUGACUUAUUUUCUAGUUGAGGAGGUUUUCAAACAAAAUUUCAUCAAUUUCAAAGACUGUCCAAAAAUAUUUUUCGAGUUUUGUCAACAAGUUUAAUCUAAUUAUUUAUUCAUGGGUUCUAACCUGAAUACAUCCCGCAGUACAUGAAAGAAAACUGACUCAACUAGAAAAUAAGUUAUGUAGGCAUAUACUAGAAAAUAUAUAUAUAUAAUUAUUCUGGUCCUACCCGUCCAUAUGGUGGAACAGCUGUUUAUAGUCGAACUCCAUUGGCAGAUGGAUAUCUCUGUGCUCAGAAUAUAAAUGGAAUUGAAUUAACUGUGAUUAAAACACAUGAUCAUCCAGAUCUAACUAUAUUUGGAUUAUAUCGUUCACCUAGCAUUACUUUAUCACAGCUACUUGCUGCACUUCGUACCAUUCAUGAAGAAAAUGUGUCUGCUCAAAGUAUUGUUACUGGAGACUUUAAUGUAAAUUGGAUGGUGGAAUAUGAGCGACAGUCCCUGUAUAACUUCAUGGUCUUAGAAAAUAGCUACAGACAAAUGAUAUCAAGUUUUACUACAGAUAAUGCAACAUUAGUUGAUCAUUUAUAUACAAAUUUGAUUGAGGAUAAAAUUCAUACUGGUGUUUUAGAGACAUACUUUAGUGAUCAUAAAGCAACAUGGGCCCAGAUAUGUGAACUCACCCGCAUUGAGUGGGUGACACCCGCAUUUUGGAAUCAUCACACGCGGAAAAAUUGGCACAUAAAAUCACCCGCAUUAGCGAAUUUUAUAGCAAUUCACCCGCAUUCUGUGAUUCUGUCUUCUGAUUCUUGA